AUUAACUAGUUCCACACGGCCACGGGACAGGUACGGCGGGCAGUUUAAACCGCCGGAUGUGAUGCAGAGGACAAAGCCGUUCAGGCGUUGUUUCGUUUAGACUUCAGGAUAUAAACGAAGAUUCCUGGGGUCGACUAAGCUGCAAAUUAAAUUUUCCACAUUUACGACUAACCCUAACCUGCAUUUGCAUUUGCUCUAACGUUUUAAAUCUCUCUUCAAUGGGCGUGUCUACGUUGUGAUGGGGACGAAGCUAGCGGCUAACGGAGCUGCUACCUGCCUUUUGGGAAACGUCCGCUGGCACAUUUAAAGAAAAUGAAGAGAAAAGUGGCCAAAUUAAGACUAAGCCCCAACGAGGAGGCUCGGAUAAUUAGAGAGGAGCAUGAGAGGCGGAGGAAACUGCGAAUACAGCAGGUGCGGGAGCAGCAGCGGCACAUUGCGCUGCAUGUCCGGCAGGCUGUUGAGCAGAGGCGGCAGCGUGAGCUGGAGCUGCUGGGGGAGGAGCUGAGGCUGGACUGGGAGAGACAGAAGAGGGAGAAAGUCGAGACGCUGCAGAAGUUGUACCAGGAGAGCCUGCAGCUUCUCGGGGAGGGACACAGAGGCGCAAAAGAAAACGAACCCGACUUGGCAGCCAGAGCUCAGAGGGAGGAAGACAACCACGCCAAAGCAGAGCAGCGUUAUCGAGAAGCCCUGAAGGAGCUGAAAUCUCAGAGGCUUAAAGACAAUGAGAGGCAAAGCCAAUCCGUCACUGCCAGGAAGAAGGCACUUCAGGCAGAGAAGGAAAGAUCGGCCAAAGUGGCCAGCCUCCCCCCACCUCCCUCUCACCCAAUUCAGAACAUUGAUUACAAGAAGCCUCAUGUCGUUAAGAAAUCUGACGUGGGCGCCUUCGCUACCACGCACUACCACAUGCUAGAAAGCGCAGUGGACAGGGAGGCAGACGCACAUCAGCUCAAUGCCCACAAGGAAGCUGAGCUGGAGGCGAGGAGACUGCAGGACUUGCAGAGGGAGGAAACGAGUAGGAGAGAGGAGCAGCUCGAGAAGGCUCGUCUCAGAGGGAAGCAGGCCCUGAGGAGGGAACAGCUCAUACAGGAUCGUGAGCGCCUGCUUGUUGAACUGGAGCACAUGCAGCAGACAGACCUGCUGAGGAGGAGACAGCAUGUGUCGCAGAUGCCUCCUCAGAUCUUCCAGCCUCUCUACAAGAGACAGGAGACGAGGGAGGACUUCCAGAGGGAGAUGGAGUUUGCCUUUGAGGACAUGUAUACGGGAGAGAGGAGGAUUAAAGGCGACCUGGUCGCCCAGCUGGCCCCCGAGCCCCUGCCAGCUCUGUCCACAGGCAGCCAGGACCAAGAGCUGGACGUCACACUGGAUGAAAUCACCACACCGAGAACAGAAAACACACCACAUGAUGCCGAGCGCGAACCUGCGUGCUCUGAGCAGGAAACAUCCUCUCCAGUGGAGCCUUCCCAACCUGCUCGUCGACGGGCGUUGAAGAAACUCCUUGAUCGCAUCAGGAGCCAGAAAAACCAGCGGACUGAACACAAAAGCCAUGUCCCUGCAGUCGACUCACCGACCGCCAUCACUGACCAGAUUCCAGAGCGCGACACGUCCAUCGAGACCGGCUCCCUGACCAGCGAGAUGAAGAACAAACUGACCCCCAUCAAGCUCCCUGAGCGUGUCCUCUCACAACCAGCAUUGGAGACGAAGGAGCACUCAACUGCAACAGAUACUAGACUUCCUGACGCACUAACAAGAAGAAUCCAAGAAUUCGAAGAAGAACGAAAGAAAAGGGAGGAGGAGCUUGAGAGGGAGAAGCAGCAGCAGGUGGUUUUGCUCCGGGAGCUGGAAGAGCAGAAGUCCAAACUGGAGCAGAUGCUGCUCGAGGCUCAGCAGGAGAGAGAACAUCUGAAGGCUGCUCUGACCCAGGAAGUGACUAUUGACCAAACAGACCUGGACCAGGAUCAGGAAGUCACCUCGGUCACCCCUGGUACAGCCGCUGAGCCGGAGCCCCCUGCAGGUGAGGACGACCACACCCAGAGGAUCAGAGAAUACCAACAACGGCUCCUUGAACAAAACAGAAUCCACCACAGAUCAGUGGAAGUGGCUCGCCAGCGCCUUGAGGAAUACCAGCGAGCUCUGCGAAUCCGCUACAACGGGAGCCCCACGUCAUUGCUGCCGGCUGUCAUACCUCCGGACUUCCGUCAGCCAUCUCUUCCAACACCUCUACUACUCCCUACAAUUCCCGCAGUGCCAUCAUACAUUCAUGCCAAACCACAAACCUUCAUGGAUGUUCCCACUAGAGAGUCUGCCAUGCCGGCCUCACCUCCUCAUCUUCCCGGCUCCAGUUUGCGCGCCGGCACCAAGCUCCUGCCGGAUGAAGUGGAAUCCAGUUUGAACGGUUUCAGGACCCAGAGAGCAGACGUACCUGCCUGGCUGACUGACGGCAUAAUGGAGAGAGUAACAGAGCACCUUCCAGAGAGAGUGAGACCCUGUUCACUCACUACAGAGCCACUGCCUCGCAAACUGUUCACAACACAUCACCCGCCCACCAUCCCACUCCGGCCGUCCUCUGAUCCCCUCCAAGCCGUUACCCCGAGCCUCACGGACAGCCCGCCUCCGGUUCCAGGCCAUGCUGCGGUUAAUAUGGCAAUCUUGCUGCACGCCCCCGUGCAGAUGGAUAGCUCCCGAGGGGAGGAAGUGGAGAGGCAGAGGCGAGAGCUGCUGGAGGUCCAGAGACGUGUGCUUGAGCAGAGGGAUGCGGUGGCGCUGCAACAGAGGCAGCGAGAAGAGGAGAGGCAGAGACGGGAAGUAGAGCUGGAGCAGAUGAGGCAGCAAAAGGAGACCUUGCAGGCUCUGAUUCAUACUGACACACAACCAGUUCCAGAGGCUGCCAGUGACGUGCUGGUUUCAGAGACCAUCGGUCAGACUCGCCGCAGAUUACUUGCGUCCCUGUUGGCUGCUAUAGAGGAGUCUAACGGAGCAGAAGAGGAAGAUGGCUCCCCUCAACAAUCACUGUCCAGCAGUGAUGAAACAGAUCCCAUCGCUCAGACGGGUUCUCCUGCUGGACAUGCCCCAGUGUCCCCAGUUUUCUUCCCGGGACUUCUCCCCCCUCCUGCUCGAGCAGCGAAGCCCCCGGUGACCCGUGUCCGGCUGGGAAUCAUGGAGAUGACGGAACAACACGAGCUCAGCGCUAUUCAAGAGGUUGCGACGCCAGUCGACACCAGCCAUGCCACAGGCCAGGAAUAUAGCGCGAAGAUUCCUUCGCACCCCGUAAACUGGGAUCUGCCGGAGGAAUCCGAUUCGUCGUUGGCUUCUGACGGUACUCUGCAGACGCCGUCUGUGUCCGGCAGUGUGAAGCGGACUGCAGAAAGACCAAGCAGCUCUGGGUCAAGCUCAAGGGGGUCCAGCCAUCUCAUCUGGAGAGAGAGACUACUGAUGGGGGCGGGAACAUCUCCAGAAUCCUCUGAGUCCUUAUCGGGCCUGAGAAGAAUCUCAGCACUUUCCUCCGACUCUGGGAGAGGAGCUGACUACUCGGGUCCAGCAGUCACGAGCUACCGAUCCCCCACAGAGUCUCCACAUGGGCCUCCGGACUCUGACUGCCUCUCGUCCACCACCAUCUCCACCGGCAGCUACAUCACCACUGAUCCUGAGCAGAACUUGAACACUGAUAAAUCACCACGCGUCAGACUUUUUGAGGACAAGGGACAAGAAAUCCUCUCUCCCUCUUUCAUUAAGGACACCUCGGCGGCAGGUCGUCCUGGCGUGGCCGUAGAAUCUGUGUUUAACGACAGCAGCAUCCAGCGCAUCAUAGACCGAUACACGAGGGAGCUGAACAUCUCCCUCGGCACCGUCCGGAAAACCCCAGAAAGCGAAAGCUCUUUUGUGGAGGAGCCUGGAUCUUUGGUUAGAGCCCCGGAGGCGAGGGGGCAGGACGAAGGCUCCUCGGGACGUUGGACUCUUCCCUCAGACACGGCUGUGACACGGACUCAAAGCAGCCUGGAAAGGGAAGUUACAGUCAAAACAAACCUGGAGCCCUCCUCAUGCUACCCCCCAGCACAGGCGGAGGACUCUUUCCGGCCUCUGAUUGGCCAGCUGACAGAACAGUCAUCCUGUCUUGCCGCCGGCCAGAGGUACUCAGCCAUGGAGCAACUGGUCGGUCAACCGUCGGCUCACUCGUCCAUGAUUGGCCAGCCUGCGGGUCUGCGAGUUUCGGUGAGCUCGGAUCACGGUGGGUGGGAUUCCACCCUGAGUCGGCUGAUGGGCCGAAUCUCACACCAGCCCAGCUCCGAUUUGCUGAGCGGUGGGCGGGACUGCUGUGAAAGUGGGCUGAUGGGUCAGAUCUUGCCGGAGGAGUUGACCACGUGGUUGGAUGAGGGUCAGGAGGGAAGCCGGAUGAGACCGCUGGUUGGGGAGUCGGAUAACGAACAGCACAGUGGAGUCUCAGGCGACCGAACACACAGGGACCUCCGUGUCUCGGCUGAGGCUGGUCUGUCGUCGUCCCCAGCGCUGUCUCCUGAAGCUUUGUCACACGGCGCCACCGUCCCGGGUGUGAGUCCCCGUCCACAGGACCAGACCAGUCUACUGGACCUGGGCCCAGAGAGAACUGAAGGUUUUCCAGGCUCCGACUCGUUCCACCCGCUCCUGGCUGAGUCCACCCACAAUGAGACAGUCGACCCCUCCAUGACCUUUCACAUGCUCGGACACACAGUGCCCAACUCGCCUGGAGGACGGCAAGCCAGCGGGGAAGGCAGCGUUUCCCCACCUUCUGAAAUCCACGCUGAUCUUUCUGUCGAGUCUGUACCGUCACCCGAGUGCCUGCGCACAGAGAUGCCUGCCUCACAGGAAUCUGUCCUCAUGUCGGAAGACACCACGAGGACAGACGUGGAGCUCACGGCUCUGGGUCUGUCAAAUGUAACCCUGUGUGAUGAUGCGACUGCUGCAGACCUACAGCAGCCAGCAGGACGGGCUGCACACUGGAACUGCAUUUUUGAACAGCCGAGAGAUUUUGUCCCGUUCGGUGACCUCUGUCCCAAAGAACUGACGACCGAGCAAGGGUCGAGCCUGAGGAAGGAUGCUCUGCUCACAGAUAAGAUAUUGGAAGCAGCCAGUGAGAAGGGGAUACUGGAGCAGUCCCAGAUAACACUAGUGAGCCUGACGGACACCACGCUGCAGGACCUGGAGACGACCGCCACGGAGGAAGAGUGUGUUUGGGAAGACGAGCAUCCAGAUGAGGGGGGACAGAAAGGCCAAGAGGUGGAGGGGGCAGACUCUACACUGUCACCAGAGGAAAUGACGGAGGACCAGGACCACACUCAUCGAGUGAUGUUCCUGGAGGUUCAGUGGGGUCCGAGCCAAGGCCUUCAGGACGUCAACGAGCAGAAGCGCAGGUCUCUGCUCCAGAGAUCAUCUCGCAGGGUGGAAGUCAUCAAGGCCAAAGUGGCUCUGGAAAAGAAUCAAUCUGAAUCUAAAGCUGAGGCGUCUCAGCCAGUCACCCGUAAGACAAAGAUGAAAUCAGAACUUCAGCCUAAGACUAACAACAAGUCCGAGAAGGGAGAAGCUGAGCAGCCUGGCUUCUUCCAGCAGAAGUGCCAACUUCCUCCUCCACAGAGCGAUUUCAGGCAGAGAAAUAUGGACGAGUCGAAGAUCUACACACCUGAGCAAAGGAAACGGGAAGUUUCGGUGAUGUACAAGAGAACUCGCAGACUGUACGAACAGCUGGAGGAGGUGAAGCAUCAGAAAUCAAUCCGGAGCAGACAGGAAGCUUGUGCAGAAAACAGACUGAAGGCCAAAGAGUUCCACAAGAAAACAUUACAGAAGCUUCGUGCCAAGCAGAAGUGACUGAAUUUGAAUGUGUUUCUAGUUUUACCUUUUUGUAUAGUUUUAUCAAUAAAGUAUUUAAGUUAUUUA